AUCAUAUUCAUUUUUACAAGUUGAAUAGUAUGGAACAUAUUUUAUUAAAAACGUGUGAUUUACAUUCUCGUCAUAAAUUUUGGAGUUUAUUGCCAAUACUACAAAAUAUUACUACAAAGACUACGACAAGGAAAUACACCCAAUCAGAUGGUCUAAAUAUUAACGUAUAAAUUCAGCAUUCAAUAUUUCGCAAUCGUUCCGAGCAAUUUCAUGGUUCUUAUAUACAUACAUAUGUACAUACGUACAUACCUUCAAUAGGACAAACACAAAAUGUGUUAAAAAUCAACUGAUGGACAUAUUGAAGCGCUACAUAAAUAAGUAACUAUUUACAUGGAUAAUAUAAAAUUGAGAUUGUGCUCAAAAUUUCAAACUAAAAUAAUGAAGAUGGAUUUUUGUAAACAAAUACGCUUGGAUGUUGAUGAAUCAGAAUCUGUGAAUUUGAGAUCAAUAAUCAAACAUACAAAUUGCAAUUGAUUUUAUGCUGCAUAUAUUGCAAAUGAUUAUAGCCAUGAGCUCCCCAAUUCAUAAACAAUAUUGCUUCGCAUCGCCGCGACGUACGAAAACUACUUCAGAAUCUGAUAAGGGAUUACUUAACAAUUCUGAAGAAAGGAAUGCGAAUAUAUUGUUAGAUGAGUUACCGCCACAACCACUCGCCGCAGCAAUGUUUUCUUUCCAGUUGAUGGCAGACGCUGUUAACAGAGCGCUGCAGCACUGCACAACAUCACAACCCAAGAACUCUACUAUGACGCAGAUUGAAUUUAAUUCUAGUAGUGCCCCGUCAUUUUGUUACUUUUUUAUUGAUAUGCAACCGCAAUCUGAGAAUGAUUAUAAUUUUUCGGACUACAACAUGAAUUCUUAUCAAAACUACACAAAUCUUUCGGAUAAACAACAACCAAGUAGCUGUCACCAAACAUCAGAGGCGAGUGAUCCGAAGCUUCAACGACAAAGAAGUCUGUCCGAAUGUAGUGAUGACAGUUUUAUUUGCUUCGAGGAUGAUAACAAAAGUAUUGAUUCGAUUGCAUUUGCCUGCACAGAUUGUAAUGGAACGGAUAAAAUGUCUGAUAUCGAUAAUAGUCAAGAACAUCGGAAGCGGGUACGCUUUGAUUUAAAACCAAAGGUUCAUGUCAUGCACACUUGGGAUUACGCUUAUCGGGCGGCUCGGAAAGGUGGUUGGCAACAGAUCGCUCUAGAUCGUGAAAGAUUUCAGCAGAGAAUAAAUCGCGUCGCCCCAAUUCUAAAUAUUAUUCUAACAUCAAACCAUCGGGAUAAAAUUUAUAAAGAUCGGUUUUUAGUUAUAAAAUAGUGAUAGAUUCGUUAUAAUAAUAAAUUCUUAAUUCCUGUAUAUAAUCUUCUGUUCAUUAUAAAGAAAUCUAUGUAGAUAAGUCAAGAUGGCCCUGCAUGAAUUUUAAAAAUUGUAAA